UUUUUAGGUAGGUAAGAUAUUAGGCAUACCUCGUAUACUUUAUACCUAUAUAGGUAGUCACAACGAAGCCACCUAUUCGUCGCGUAUAGGUAAUCAAGUCAGUGUGCUGCCGGCAGCGUACGAAACAGGAAUAGUGACGCCGGACACGACCUACACCAUUGAAAAAUGGGAAAUUUCAAAUACUUGUUGGCCGCCUUGGUCGCAUUUGGGCUGGUCGUUUACCAGAAAACUGCCAUCGAUUUCGUGGAGCCCGAAACAAUGCCUGUGGACGUUUGUUGGGGAUCCGAUUCCGGCCGGACGAAAGACCGUAGCAAUGCCAAAGAAGUUCGACCAUUUGUGAUUAACGUCACGUCCGAAGUCCUCGCAGACUUGAAGAACAGGCUGUCAAACUCCAGACCGAUCGUAAAGCCGUUGCGGAGCGUAAAUUUCGAGUACGGGUUCAACGGCGACCACUUGGCGAAGAUCAUUGACCACUGGUCGAACCGUUACGAUUGGACCGCCAGACAGGCGUACCUGAACUCGUUGCCACAGUUCAAGACCAACAUUUUCGGUCUAGACUUGCAUUUCAUACACGUGAAACCUCCAGCACAGACCACGGCCCGAACGAUCCCGCUGCUCUUGCUGCAUGGGUGGCCCGGAUCCGUCGUCGAGUUUUACAAAAUCAUACCGAUGCUGACCACCCCGGUGGCCGGUCGCAAUUUCGUGUUCGAAGUGGUAGCGCCCUCGUUACCGGGUUACGGGUUUUCGGACGCGGCCACACGGCCCGGUAUGGGUCCGGCGCAGAUGGGCCAAAUGUUUGUCAAGCUCAUGGAAAGGCUCGGCCACGAAAAGUUCUACGUCCAGGGUGGCGAUUGGGGAGCAGUUAUAACCGAAGCGAUUUCGAAGUUAUUUCCUGACAGGGUAUACGGCAUGCAUUCGAACAUGUGUUCGUCGACUUCAUCUUUGACACUAAACGAUUAUGUCCGAUUGCUGUUGGGAACUUACUGGCCUUCGAUAAUCGUCAGCAACGAGAACGAAAAAUCCCGGACCUAUCCACUGAGUGAGUUGUUUUUCGGGUUCCUCGAAGAAUCCGGAUACAUGCAUUUACAAAUGACCAAACCCGACACAGCAGGAGUCGCUCUGAACGAUUCUCCGGUCGGCUUGGCAGCUUACAUCUUGGAAAAGUUUUCCACCUGGACAUCCACGAAUUACAAAAAUCAACCGGACGGUGGCCUGUCCAAGUUCAACACGGACGAACUGUUGGACAACGUCAUGGUAUACUGGGUUACUGGUUCGAUGACCACGUCGAUGCGCCUGUACUCGGAGUACGCCAGUAACAAAUAUCGAGCUCUUCCUCACUUAAUGGCCAACGUUAAGGUUCCAGCAGCCUGUGCUGUUUUCCCGAACGAGAUGCCGAUAGCGUUGGGCAUUGAAGACACUUUUGAAUCGUAAAUUCAAAAAACUGAUCAGAGUUACAGAGAUGAAGGCCGGCGGACAUUUCGCCGCGUUCGAACAACCCAGACUGUUGGCCGAUGACAUCUGGACGACGGUUUACGAGAUGGAAAACAUAAGACUCAAUUCAGUUUAACAUUAUUUAUUUAUGUUUUGUACACCUCACAUUUUUUUAGGAACAUUUUUUAAAUUCUGUCCAAGGUAUUUUUUUGUAAUUUUCGGUCGCCGAUAACCGGAAGGAGCGAUUCUAAUUUCGUUGGCUUUUUAACCAUAUUUUCUGGUGAUAUGCGUCUGUUUCCUGUAAUAAUAAAACAUUUUUCUUUUUUUGCAUGUCUUUAAUAUAGUAUAUAAUAUGUAUGAAUAAUAUUUAUUCGAUAAAAUUACAUAUUAUUAUGUUAAAUA